ACAAAUGUCGUCUACAUUCCCUCUAUGCUCCCCACCAUGAAUAUGGCUUGAUCUGCUGGCUCCUUGCUUCACUUCUUCAAACCUAUUCCAAUGUCUGAGGACUCCGAAUCCAAACCGUACCUGUUCUCCUCCCUGGAGGGGCAGAGUGAAGCAGCCGGAUGCAGUUCAAUGUCGACGCUGCAUCGUAUGGGCAGUUUCGCGGAGGGGACCAAACUUGGCCUGGCAUCUGAAGGUAGCGACAGCAGCCAAGACACUCCCGCCUCACCCCACAACAAACGGAAGAUGGCCCAUUCCCUCCAUGAGGAUGUGGAGAUGAAGAGCAGCGGGUCCAGUGGGAGUGGAACAGAGUCCCAUGGCAACGAGUCCCAUGGAAAUGAGUCCCAUGGCAAUGAGUCUGCUGGGAGUUCCAAUAGCCGAAGCAAGGAUUCGGCGCUAUUUGAGUCAUCGGCAAGUAACAAAAGGUAAUUUUGUUAUAUUCUGUUUGUCUGUAUAUUUAUGGGUGCCUCAAAGGCCCUGUGUGCAUCUAAAUCAGCUCAGUAGGCAGG